GUCUAUAUUACAUCUCGUUUAUGGUAUAAUAUAAGAUUCAUUCUCGUCACUCCAGCUCUGUAAAAUAGUGUUCGUAGAAGUGCUGGAGAGGAAUUUGUAUUGUGAAAUUAACAAAUUCGUGUGAACGGCGAUUAGUAAAAUCAGAAUAAUGUCCAAUUUUCUAUACAAUCUAAUUUUUAAAAAAUCCUCUACAUUCACAGUAGUAAUUUUAACAGGCGCUUUCUUCUUCGAACGAGCACUUGAUAUGGCGUCGGAUAAAAUAUUCUAUGCAGUUAACAAAGGAAGAUUGUGGAAAGAUAUUGAACCUCAGUAUUUGCAGAAGUGAAAAGUAUUUAUUGUAUUAGAUAUGUAUGUAUCUAUAUACAUAUAUAUGUAUGUA